AUGUCGGCCGCUUCAUCCAAAGAGGACGGCACCACUCGGGUUGUGGAUAUUGAUGCCACACCCGAGGCAAGGCGCGCCACCGAGGCUGAGCAUCAGAUGAGCUUCUGGCAGAGUGUGCAAACUUAUCCGAAAGCUGUCGGCUGGUCUAUUCUGUUCUCGACCGCGCUGGUGAUGGAAGGGUACGACAAUGCCCUGAUCGCCAGUCUGUUUGCAUAUGACCCAUUCCAGCGCGCAUUUGGGGAGCGACAGCCAGACGGAAGCUACCAGGUAACCGCUGCGUGGCAGUCGGGUCUUACCAACGGCGCCCUUGUUGGUGAGGUGCUCGGCUUGUUCGCUACCGGUAUCGUCGUUGAAAAAUUCGGAUAUCGCAAGAGUCUUAUUGGGGCUUUGUUGGCCUGUGUGGCUUUUAUCUUCAUUAUCUUCUUCGCUAAGUCUCUACCUGUUCUCUUGGUCGGCGAGAUCCUCAUCGGCAUUCCUUGGGGUCUAUUCCAGACAGUGACAACCACUUAUGCCUCUGAGGUGUGCCCUGUGGUACUCCGACCAUACCUGACAACCUACGUGAAUCUGUGCUGGGUGAUGGGACAACUGAUUGCUUCAGGUGUUCUCAAAGCGAUGUUAACUCGCGCCGACGAAUGGGGCUACAAGAUUCCAUUUGCCCUGCAAUGGAUGUGGCCCAUUCCUAUUGCGAUUGGUGUUGCCCUUGCGCCCGAAUCCCCGUGGUGGCUGGUCCGCAAAGACCGUCCAGAAGAUGCACGACAUGCUUUGCAACGCCUCACAGUUCCCGGCAGGGACCCCAACUUCAACGCAGACGAGACCAUUGCCAUGAUCCGCAGUACCAACGAGCUCGAGAAGCGCAUGACAAGUGGAUCAUCCUACCUUGACUGCUUCCGUGGCGUCGAAAGACGUCGCACGGAAAUUGUCUGCUUGACUUGGGCAACUCAAUCGCUAUCCGGAAGUGCGCUCAUGGGCUACUCCACAUAUUUCUAUGAGCAGGCUGGUAUGGCAACAAACAAUGCAUUCACCAUGUCCAUGGCACUGUAUGCCCUCGGCGCGAUUGGCACUAUCAGCUCUUGGCCGAUGAUGAGCAGGUAUGGUCGUCGAACACUGUAUGUCGGUGGCCUGUGCUGCAUGAUGAUUUUGCUACUCAUCAUUGGCUUCCUGGGUAUCAUUUCCAAGACGAGUGUGCCCGCUCAAUGGGCUGUUGGGUCCCUACUCCUCAUUUACACCUUCUUCUACGAUGCCACCGUUGGACCUAUCUGUUAUUCAUUGGUCUCAGAGUUGAGCUCAACACGCCUGCGCACAAAGACGAUCGUCCUUGCUCGCAAUCUGUACAACAUUUGCGGCCUCAUCACCAAUAUCAUCACGCCACGCAUGCUUAACCCAUCCGCGUGGGAUUGGGGCGCAAAGGCAGGUUUCUUCUGGGCCGGCAUGUGCUUCCUGUGUCUUCUCUGGGCUUUCUUCCGCCUGCCAGAGCCCAAGGGACGUACAUAUGCUGAACUUGAUCUGUUGUUUGAGCAACGUGUUUCAGCGCGCAAGUUCAGCUCCACCCAUGUGGAUCCAUUUGCAAAUGAACGUGAGAGUCCACUCGUCACGAAGAUGGAGAAACCGUUCACUGAGGUUGUGGAGCAUAUCUAG